AUGGCCCGCACCGCCACCGCCGCCGUCCCCCGCGCCCCCGGACUCCUCCGGGCCGCGCUGCUGCUCCUGCUCCUGGUCGCCGCCUGCCGGGGCGCUGCAGGGGCGCCCGUGGCCAGUGAACUUCGCUGCCAGUGCUUGCAGACCUCGGAGCGAAUUCCCUUCAAGCAGAUCCAGAGUGUGGAGGUGACCACCCCAGGAGCCCACUGCGCCCAAACCGAAGUCAUAGCCACGCUCAAGAAUGGGCGGGAUGUCUGCCUCAACCCCGAAGCCCCCAUGGUGAAGAAAAUGAUCGAAAAGAUGCUAAACAAGGGCGGUGCCAACUGACCUAGAGAGAAGGAGGAAACUUAAUGGGUUAUUGUCGCAUCCUUAGUGGAAUCGGAGUAAAAGAAGAGAAGGGA